ACUAUUCUGGAGAUUCCUGUCAGUUGUUGAAAGACUUUUGCACGGGAACAACAAAUUGUUUGUAUGAGGGCAUGCCUAGUACAGGAACAUGUACAAAUCUGCCAGCUGGAGGCUUUAAUUGCGCUUGUCAAACUGGCUAUUCUGGAGGGACUUGUCAAACUAAGGUUACCCGCUGUUCCAAUUUGAGUUGUGGAUCUGAAGCAAUGUGCAAUGAGGAGAUUGGUUGUUACUGUCCAGAGGGAAAAAUAUUCACAGAGAAUAUAGUUUGUAAAAUUCCAUCAGAUGACUUUGAUAUUUAUUUUGAUACUCAAAUGGGAGAGGAGGGGGCCUCUACCACAGCUGUGUUACCUGGUGACCCAGAACAUUCUGAUUUGUCCUUUAUGAUGAUGGUGAAGUUUAACAAAGAUCAAAAUGUCAUGGAAAAAGAAGAUGCUGUAUUGUUAAGAAUCAGAGAUUUCAUAGAAAUCAAGAAUAACAGUAUCACCUUCAUGAACGGAACAAGCUCUCAUUCAGUAAAAUUUGAAUACUAUGGAAGCCUAGAAAGAAUUGAUGAUGGUACUAAAUGGAAUUUUAUUGCUGUAUCAUGGAGGAGAGAUGGCAAGACAACAGUUUAUGUGAAAGCUGGGCUACUUGUUUUUGACAGCAGCUCUGUUGCCUUCAAACUGCCAAAAGUAUUUAACAUAGAAAUUGGGAAGAGAUAUGGAGGUAGGAUAUCACAGGUAAAAUUCUGGAACAGCAGUAUUGCAAAUGCCGACAUGUUAAGGCUUUCAAGUGACAGGAAUCAUAAACCUGCAGGAGCUACUCUCAUUCAUGGCUGGUACAAUUACAAAAUGAACAAGGGAGCUAUGAAGAAGAUCACGACACAGAUUGAAAAUGAUAGUAUCUGUGAUGUUCCUGCUUGUUCACCAUCAGAUAAGAUUAAACCAAAGAUAAAAGCCUGUCCUGUUGAUGAUGCAAGAAGCUCUAGCAAAAGAGUCUUUGAAUAUCAACUGCCAACUAUUAGUUCUAUGUUUGACAAUUUCAAUGAAAGUCAGUCCCUGAUCUCACAUAAAGGCAGCUUCACUUGGGGUGAUUACAGCUUAAUGUUUUUGGCCGCUGAUGAGAAUGGAAAUACUGCCAUGUGCCGUAGCAAGCUGUAUGUAAAAUAUAAUGCUGAUUGCCCUCCACCAAGAAAGCCACCCUCUCUUAUCAUUGGUUACUGUUCAGGCAGCAAAGAUAUUUGUAAACUGAGUUGUCCUGGUAACCAAGUUCUAUCUAUCCCAGUUCCAAAAUAUAAGAUGUGUUCAAAGCUUGGUGUGUAUACUCCUCUCAAACCACGACAAAAGUUUGCAUUGCCAUCAUGUGGAGGCAAAACAGAUACACAAAUUCAGAUAGAAGUCUCCUUAAAAUUUUCAUUAGCCGUUGUCUGUGAUGUGUCUUUGGAAUCACCAAUAGAAAGAAAACUAAAGACGGAUUUUAAAGAUAACGUUUACCAGAACUGGAAUAAUGUCUGUUCAGAUUCUGACUGCUCAAAUGUGGACAUCAGCUCUAAGUGUGUUACUGGCAAAGAACAGAUGACAGUUGCUAUGAAAAUAAAGAAUUUAAGAAACAGUAUUACUAAAAAGAGUGGUUCUAACACAUACACAGCAAAAGAAGUCUUCAGAGUUCUAAUAUUUGAAGAUGCUGUUUUCAUAGUGGAUGGUGUUGGUGGUGCAAAGCUUCUGAAUGACCAAGUAGUAAUUACAGAUAUUGUAUCAUGUCCAGAUGGUAACAUGGUUAUAGAGGGUAAUUGUGUUGAAUGCAGUAAUGGAACCUUUUACAACAGUACAAGUCAGAACUGUGAGUACUGUCCAGUGGGAACAUAUGGAGAUGAGCAAGGAUUGACAUCAUGUAAAUCCUGUGGAGAUGGAAAAACAACACUGGGCGUCGGGAAUUAUGACAUUGCUGAUUGUGUUGCUGAGUGCCCUGUUGGACAAUUUCUAAAUGGUUCCUCAUGUUCCCUCUGCCAGAAACACUUUUACCAACACAUGGCUGGACAGGACUACUGCUUGCCUUGUCCUCUGGGUAAAAAGACAAGUGGAAUAGGAUCCAACAGCUCCUCACAGUGUUUUG